UGAAACUGUUUUAUUUUCAAUAUACAAUUUAACUGUAACAUCGAUAAUGUGUAUGAUUUUUGGCUUGUUCGAACGUCAUUUACCUGAUAAUAUAUUAAUUGAAAAUCCAUAUCUUUAUCGAAAGCUUAAACAUCAAGCAAACUUGAGAUCAUGGUAUAUUUGGCUAUGGGUAUUAGAUGGAGUAUGGCAUGGUAUUAUCAUAUUUUAUGGUACUACUUAUAUUCUUACUGGUGGGAAUCAAUUCUCUGAAAGUACAUUUUAUGAUUCACAUGGAAAUAUACAACAACUAUUCGAUAUGAGUUUGUAUGGAUGUGCAACUUAUGUGUUGAUAUGGUUUUCAGUCUGUUUACGUACUUUCCUUGCAACACAUGAUUGUACUGUUAUAGUAUUAGGAGGAUUCUUAACUACUCUAAUCGUGAAUAUAGCAAUAUUAAUUGCAUUACAAUGUACUACAACACUUGACAACAUCAAUUUUCGUAGUUAUAUCAAAUUAUGCAGAAGUCCAACAUUCUGGUUAACUUUACCGAUCAUUAUAUGUGCAGCGAAUCUUCCAUCUUUAUUAUGGAGAAUUAUUUCAGAUGCAUGGUGGAAUUUACAAAUUCAUUUAGGUAGUAUACCACAGAAACAGAUUCGUCGAAAAUAUCGUAAAUCAUUAGCAGUUUGGUUUCUUGCACUUACAACUAAUUAUUUGACUAGUUCAUCUAAUGUAUUACGUCGAAAUGAAUUUAAACAAAAUAGUUUAUAACGUGAACAAAGUCAACAGCAGUUUCUCGGUUCUAUCUGCCAAAUAUUAGGAUCUGAAUUAAGAAUGAUGUAUAUUUACCAGUGCUUUCUGCUUAAAAGCUUCAAUCCUCUUUUUGGAAUAGAACCAAAACUUUCUAUGGAUAUUCUUUAACAUCUUAUCUAAGUAUAUCUAAAACUAGCAACUCUUUUAAUGAAUUCUUCUUUACUUGCUUCUCUUUGAGGCACUACCUUUAAUUAAAUAUUGUUGUAAAUCAUUCAUUAUUCUAAUGAGUGCGAACUUAACAUGUAUUUUCAUUUUCGUAGUUGUAAGAUUAAUCUACAACAAUUUCUUACAUGAAAUGCUCUUUCUGUUACUGUAUUCUCCCUCACCAAUAUGUAUUGUUUCUGAAAAUGCAUUAUAUAACUGCUCUUAUUGAGGUUGUAAAUAAAUAUUGUCCUUUUAAA